UCACAGCAGCGCCUCGGGGCUCUCCAGGGAGUCCUGCUGGGAAACAGAGCUCAGAUCAGCGCCUCGGGGCUCUCCAGGGAAUCCUCCUGCUCCGGCGCUCCAUGGGGAAGAGGGUGGCUGUGGUGCUGGCUGGUUGUGGGGUCUACGAUGGGAGCGAGAUCCACGAGGCUUCGGCUGUGCUGGUGCAUCUCAGCAGGGAGGGGGCACAGGCAGAGGUUUUUGCUCCCAACAUCUCCCAGAUGCACGUGGUGGACCACGUGAAGGGGCAGCCGAUGCCGGAGCAGCGCAACGUGCUGGUGGAAAGUGCCAGGAUAGCCAGAGGGAACAUCAAGGAUCUGGCUCAGCUGGAUGUCAAGGGGCUGGAUGCCCUGAUCAUUCCAGGUGGCUUUGGAGUGGCCAAAAACCUGAGCACUUGGGCCACCCAAGGCAAGAACUGCAGCGUCUGCAGGGAGGUGGAGGACGUGCUCAGGGCCUUCCACACUGCCCAGAAGCCCAUCGGGCUCUGCUGCAUCUCCCCAGUGCUGGCAGCCAAACUCUUCCCAGGCUGUGAGGUGACAGUGGGACACGACACCGAGUGUGAGAAGUGGCCCUACGCCAAGACUGCCGAGUCCCUGCGGGAGCUGGGCUGCAAACACGUCAACAGCCACGUCACCGAGAUCCACGUGGACCCCCGGAACAGGCUGGUGACCACCAGUGCCUUCAUGUGCAACGCCCCCAUCCACGAGAUCCACGACGGCAUCGGCAACAUGGUCAGGGAAGUGGUCAGGCUCGCCUGAAGGCUGCAGAGUCCGGCUCCUUCCCCUCUCACACCCACGUGUCAGCUGGAAAAGUGCCACCCAGCUGGAGUUGUGUCCCCUCCCCGCCCUUCCCAGAGCGCCGGUGGCUGCUGAGGAGGGACACUCUGGAGUUGGGGUGUUCUGCCACGGCAGAUGGGCAGGAAUGGGGGUGUGGGCACACACUGAGCUGGCACAGAGUCAGAGAGUGGGUUGGGUUGGGAGGAUCUCAAAGCUCACCUUAUCCAUGGGCAGGGACACCUUCCACGAGCCCAGGCUGCUCCAACCUGGCCUGGGACACUUCCAGGGAUGGGGCAGCCACAGCUUCUCUGGUGCCAGGGCCUCCCCACCCUCCCAGCCAAGAAUUCCUUCCCAAUAUCCCAUCAUCCAGGGCCCCCCAUCUAACCUGCCACACCAGGGCUCCAGUUCAGUCCCUCCCACCCCCCCAGUUCCCAGAACAGGGGAAUUGUGGCAAAAAGAAGGAAUGUGGUUCUGCUCCCAAAUAAAACCUGCUGGUUUUC